CAAAACAAAACUGCUUGAAUUGGAACACACCACGUUGCUAAGCAACUGUCAGUUUGACAACCGUUUGUUUAUAUCCGUGGCGUUGACAGUAAAGCAACUAACGUUUAUUUUAAAAUCGCGUGAAUGCAGGCAAUGAAAAUUAAUUUACAAGGAAGUAAAUUGAAUUGAGCGUAAUCUGUCUGACCUCACAUGUUCCAAUUACGGGUCGUUUUAGCACCCACGCCAGCGAAUGUAACCGCGAAUGUAAUUGAGUUGGAUCAUUACGAAGGAGGUCUGAAUCGUGUGCAGUCAACCACAGAGGUUGAUAAAUAAUACAAAACAAUGUCUCGUCCCCGGCCCCAAUGGCAGCUUCAAGCUUUAGCUGCGCAAAGACGUGACAAUGAGCUAAAGCGAGCGGAAGAGUUGAAGAAGGUGGCUACAUACUUUGAGACUAAUACCAAUAAGUCUCGACAUCAUGAACAAUGGACUACUGAAGGGUAUUAUGAGAAGGCUAAUAAGGAGGCUGAACUACUUAGCCAGAGAAAGAUUAGAGCUGCACAACUCGAGGAGCGGCGUAAAAAACUGGAACUAAUGUUGUUUCAAGAAAACAUGCAGUUGCAACAGGAACUAAAGAAUUUAGCUGCUCAACCAAAGUAUUUUAAGAAUGGUUCUUACCUAAACAAAGUGCCAACAAAAACCCUACAAGAUAUCAACCAGGGUAUCAUGGCUAAGGAAGAACAGCUGCUUCGUCAUGAGGCAGAGCUUCGACUGCACCAUGCUUGGAGGAUGCGGCAACCUGAACUGAGGGCUGCUACUAGUUAUGUCAAUAAUGGAAAGCUCAAGUCUGCCUGGAUGGAGCAGAUAGUGGAAAAAGAAGUACAGAAGCAGAAGGAAGAAGAAGAGACGCGUAAAGUGUUGAAGGAGAGAGAUGAGAUGUUGCGCAAACAGAUACAGUUGGAGGAGCAGAAGUUGAAGGAGAAGGAACUACAAGUUAGGGAGUUACGUGAAAGUUUAGAAGGACAAAUUGCAGAAUUAAGUGAAAAAGAAACAAUAGUCAAACGUCUUCGCAAACAGGAAGAAAAAGAAAAACUUAUAUUGGACGAAUUACUGUUCAUAUCGCGCGAAAGAGAAAGAGAACACACUCGCCUUGUGGCAGAAAGAGACGCCAGUAUAGUGAACAUGGGCCUACACAAAUAUAAGCUGAAGAGGAGAGUGAUCUCUGUUAUGAAAGAAAUAGAGUUGGAUUUAGAAAUGCUGGAUAAAUUGCGCAGGGCUGUUCAAAAGGAUUAUGAUGCAGAAAAAGACACUUGUUCAAAUUACAAACGGGUGUUAGACGCAGCUCUAUCCGAGCUGGUGGAACAUAGAGAGCGUGAGCUGCAGCGGCAAAAGACCAUCGAGGCCAUGUACGAUGGAGAGGCUAGGAUGAUCAAUGAGAAACAAGAUAAGCUAUGGGCCAAAGAACGUGACGCUCGCGCCCUCCUAAUGAGCGAGGUGGUGGCCACUUUGAAGAGACAAGUGGAAGAGAAAAUAGAAGCUAACAGACAGAAGCAGAAGAUGAACGUUCUAGAACGAGAGAAGAUUUUAGAACAAAUGGAACAAUUCCACCAAGAGGUCAAGGCUAAUGAAAGGGCGGCGCAAUUGAAAGACUCAAAAUACUCAACAGUGACCGCUCUUCAGUCACAACUGAACAGUCUCCGCUUACAACAACAGCAGUUAGAAGACACAUGUGCCAGGGAGGCCGAGCUCAGAGAAGAGGCCUCUAAUGAGAGAAAGAUUAGGAGUGAAAUCGCCAAGAUACAUAGAGAGGGCAGCACUCAAGCUUGGACAUAGGUAGGCUAGAAUUUACAGACUGUAUAAUUUUAACCUUAUCGUUUUGUGAUAAAGUUGAUAAUGUAUAAAGACAGUUUGUGGUGGCUUCAUGUUAUGUUAUCAGUAUGAAGUAGUUUAAAGGUUAUCAUUAUAUCAGUCAGAAGUUCCACUGAUGAAUGAAACCCUUCAGCUUAAGCGAGGUUUUAAACAUAAUCCUCACGCUUGGCAACCGGCCUGGGGAUAGCCUUAAUAACUAAGUGUAUUUUUCAUCACCAGAUCUCGCGUUCUUCGUUCAAUAGGGAAUUAGUCACACCAUUGGUGUUUAAUAUUUGACAGCUGCAGUAAUUGGACAAGAAACCUGUUGACUCAUUUGCGGUGUACAGCGCAGUACCCGUUCGGCGCUCUAAUUGGUUGGUUCAUUGUAGUCGGCCAAUCAGAGCGCCGAACGCGUACUCGUUUCAAUUACUUUAAACGUAAAAUACACUCGUACUAAGACCUCAGGUCGUCUUGAUAUGCUAGUUAUUAACAUUCUGGUGAAUUAGCCCAGUACCGUCUAAUUUACAUUUUUAUGGAAGACUAAGAAUAUCAAAGGUAAAAAAUAUUUUUGGUGUAUAUUUUUAAGUUCCAGUGUGUUGAACAAAAAUGUGCGAUCGUCUAUUUAUUAACCGUCAAGUGUACGGUCUGCGCACACGCUGUCUAGGGUGUUGUAAGGAAUCAUACAAAUAAAUAAACGUUUGAAACUGCGUGAUAAUGUGGCAAUUUCCAGUUGUGUGUGUUGACUAAAGUGUAUUCUGUACAUCUGAGAGGUAGGCAAACUGUGUGGUCUGUCCAUUGUAUAUUGUUAUUGUCUAUUUAACACAGCUUCUUGCCAAAUUAAACUAUACGAAUAAAGCUAAAGACUGAAAAAUAAAGAUUAUACUUACUAUGAUUGUUGAAAUAUGAAUGUGAGGUAGUUGAAAUGCAUUUCUUAGUUUUGUAAUCAAUGUGUAAUGUUCCAUUCAAAGUAAGUUUAUUUUAUUUACAAUGUGAUGUGGUUUGCGUAUGGUUAUGAUAGCAUUAUAAAGUGCCUUGUAAGUUGCAAAUGCGCCGAGUCGCGUUUAUAUUUUGUAAUAAAUAACUUUUAUUUAUCAAUUAGCUUUCUUGAUGAACUUAUCGCUAAGACGAAGUCAUAUUUACACGCCUGCAUAAAAGAGUGCUAUUAUUUAUGUGUGAAAGAGUGAUGAAAAUAAAAGAAAAAUAAGAUUUUGAUAUUUGUUUUUUUUUGA